AUGACUAAAUGGAAAUUAAGCCGGCAAACUUUUGGAUGUGAAGAACUGAACUUUUCGGAGGGUGAUGAAGUGACUAUCGGCAGAGGUUUAAAUAAUACUGUAACCCUUUCUAGUAUAGUCAUAUCUAGAAAUCACUGUGUGAUUAAUUUUAAACACAACGAAGUUAUGAUAACCGACCUAAAGAGUUCUAAUGGAAUAUAUGUUGGCUUAAAAAGAAUACCACCAAACAUUCCAUAUACUUUACAAGAUUCUGAUAUUAUUGGAUUUGGGUGGACUAUUGGUGCUCCUCUUGUAAAUAUUACUGAUAGUGAAAAAUAUAUAUUUAAACUCACUAAAGAAAAUUGUUUGCCACCUAUAUCAAAACGAUUAUUAUUUCAAAAUGACCUUGAAGAUAUUGACACAAAUACAGAAAUAAAAAGGGAUCCAUCUUCUAUAUCUGUUACAAAAUUAAAUUUAAAAAGAAAGUUUAAUGAUAAUGUGAGCAAAUUAAAGGUUGAUGAUGAAGUUAUAAGUAUUUUGUCAGAUAGUGAUAUCGAAAGAUGCACAAACAAAGAAACUAUUUCAAAAAAAAUUAAACUUGAAGAUCAGCAAGUGAAGGAAGAACCUAUAAAAUCCGAAAAUGAUGAUUUGCAAUAUGAAGCUUUUAGCAUUAAACAAGAAUAUCUGGGAUAUGAUGAUGAAGCUAUACAAAUUGACAGUGAUAGUGAUAGUGAAUCAGAACAUUGGUUUUUACGUUUGUCGCAAAGCUCCCCUGGUAAGCCUUUUACCAAAAUUGUUCAACCCAAACCCAGUGAUGUAAAACAAGAUGACAACUCAUACAGCCAAACAGAAGAUUUUAUGGUAUUAGAUUUGACAAAGGAAAAUGAUGAAACUGAUGAAGAAUUUACUGAUGAUUUAAUUACAAUACCACCUUUUCCUCCUACACCAAAUGAAAAUGUAAAGAAGUUAUCUGAUGAUAACAAUACAGAAAAAUGUAGUACAUUUGAAAAACCUACUGAGUCAAAUAUUAUAACUGAUGAUGAUUCAAAAGAAAUCCAAUUAGAAUGUAGUGAUGUAAAUCAUGAUCAAGUUGAUGGAGAAAAUUUUAAAACAAUUUUAACAAAAGAUGUGCAUGAACCAAAGGCACAGAUAACACUUGCAACUAAUAAAGAAUCAGAAAAAAAAAUUCAAGUAAUUGAGCCUUUAGUACAACCUUCCAAAAAGAAACAAACACCUUUAUUGCAAGAAAGUAAAACAAAAAGUAAUAAACAUUCAAAGAAAAAAUCAAAACCAAAGAAACAAAUAACUAAUUCUCAAAAAGAAGAACGGAAGAAAAAGCUCAAAGAAAUUGCUACAAAAGAUAAAGAGGACAUUGAACCAGAAGGAGGGAGUACUUUAUCCGUUAAUAACUCCACUAAGCCAGUUGUUAAUGCGAAAGUAACAACAUUAAACAGAGGCGCAUUUUUAAUAGAUCCUGUACAAGCUACUGUCAAACCUACAAAAAGAAAAGGAAGUAUAAACAAAACCAAAGAUGCAGACACAUCACAAACACAUGAAAAUAUUUCUGAACUAGGUAAAGACAAUGACAAAAGUAAAAGGAAAGAGUCUACAAAACGUGCUUCUAAAAAACAUGAAACAUCUAAAACAAAAAGUAAAAAUGAGGAGACCUCUAAAUCUUCAAAAUCUUUUAAAACUUUUGAAUCUGAUUCACGAAUACCUCUUAAAUCUGUUAAACCUUUAAAAGAGAGUGAUAAAUCCAUAUCAGGAAAACCAUUUUCAAAAGUUGAACCUUUACCCACAAAGUCGCCCUCACCUUGUAAAAGAACAACAAAAAAGGUGCGUUUCACUGAUGAAGAACCAAGAGUACACUUAUUUGAGAUUGAACCUGGUAAUAAAAUGAAAAAGACAAGUUCAAUAAAAACUUCACUUCUGGAUGUAAGGCAUAUGCCUGUUUUUUCAUUAGAGAAAAUUACACUAAUGAAGAUUCUUCGUUGGAAUCCUCACUGGUUGGAUGAACAAAUGCACAAUAAUGACCCUCCACCUAUCUUAGGACACAAUAAUCCACCAAUGACGAUUUUCCAUUCCUUUAGUAAUCAUAAGCAAUACAUACAAUUGGUAGGUGAUCUACUACUAAUGGAAAUUUGGGAAUGUUUAACUCAAGGCUAUAUGAGAUUAUCCAGUCAAGGUUUCCAAAUGAGAAUCGAUUCAUUACCACCUGUACCACCACAAGAGCGAUGUUUUGACUUAUUCAGUCUUAGUGUUAAUAUUUCGUUACCUACGUCUGAAAUAAAAAGUGUUCCAAGAGUGGGAGAAGUAUUGUUGGUAACAUUUGGACCAGAAAAUGCAAAGAAUAAAAGAUUUUUUUUUGUUCAUAAUGUUAGAUGUCUUCCAUCACCACAAAACAAUAUUCACUCUUUUUUUACUAUUUCCCUAUAUGCAACAUUCACGGAAAAAAUGGGAUUAUUGCGACCUGGUGAAAUAAUGUUUGGUAGAAAUCUGGCUUAUAUUAAUAAGGAAUUAAUGCUGUUUGAAGCAAUGGAGCAUCUGGUAGGCUCUCCACUCAGCGAAGCAAUUUUAAAACCUGAGCCACAUCAUUUUGUAAAGUCAAGAGAACCAAAUGUAGACCAUGAUUUAAAAUCACAAUGGACAGUAACCCUUAAUGCCAGUCAAAAAUUAGCAGUGUGCUCAUCAGUAUCUGCUGCACUCGGAGAUAAACCUUGUAUACAAAUGGUCCAAGGGCCACCUGGCACAGGAAAGUCAAGUGUAAUCUGUGCCAUAGUCAUGACAUACUUCUAUAAUUCCGCUGGAAAGAAACAUCAAAAUAGAGGAAAGAUUUUAAUUUGUGCUACAAGUAAUGCCGCUGUUGACGAACUUGUGAUCAGAUUGCUAAAUAUAAGACAGAGUUUGCCUAAAGGGGAACGUUUCCGAAUGGUGCGCGUGGGGCGGGCGGAGGCGAUGCACCCGCGCGCGCGCGACGUCAGCUCGCAGCAGCUCGCGCAGCGCGACGCGGCCCGCACGCUCGCAGAGCCCUCGCAUCCCGGCCUCGCUGAAGAAAUUUCACAUUUAGAAGCCAAAAUCAACAUGUGGAAGACACAAGCACAAGACGCGCGGGAUCCGGUGCGCAUAGCGUACUGUCAGAGCCGGAUCACAAGCCUCGUCAACAGAAUAUCACUGUUGCGGGGAGGCGGAGGGGGGAGUGCUGGAGGAGAAGAGGUACGGCCCGAGCAAGUGGCGCGAGCCGAGCGACGUAUUAUAGAGGGAGCUGAUAUUAUAGUCACCACGCUCGCCAGUGCACACAAUCACAAGAUGAAAGGGUUAAGAAGGAGAAUAGCAUUAUGCAUAGUGGACGAGGCGGGCCAAGUGAUAGAACCGGAAACUUUGAUCCCACUUACACUAGAUGUAACGCGGCUGACACUGAUUGGUGAUCCGCAACAACUUCCUGGCUUCAUCUGCUCCCAGCGUGCGAAAAAGCAUGGACUUGGUGAAAGCUUAUUUUCUCGGCUAACUUCUUGCACGGAACAUUGGAACGACGGCAGCCCAGUGAUCCUGUUGAAUCAACAGUACCGUAUGCGCCAAGAGAUCGCGGAUUACCCCAACAGGGCAUUCUACGGCGGCAAGAUACAAACGAUAGCGCCCCCUCGCGUUGAUCUUAAUAUCCCGCCUUAUACCAUCAUCAGUAUCGCCAGUGGGGACAAAGGCCAAGGUUCAUCAGGUGGAAACGAGAUGGAAGCGUGGGGAGUAGCACGGCUUGCGGCGGCGCUGGACGCGAUAUUACGCACGCGAGGGCUCAGCCUCGCAGUCAUCACACCAUACAGCGCACACAGAGAUCUGGUCAGGAGGAAUCUGCGGAUGAUAAGCGACUCGUCGCAAGGUCAAGUGGAAGUGAACACGGUGGAUAGUUUCCAAGGGCAGGAGCGCGACGUAGUGGUGGUGUCGCUGGCGCGGAGCCACGGCGUGGGCUUCCUGACGGACGCGGGCCGCAUGAACGUCAUGCUCACGCGCGCGCGCCACGCGCUGCUCGUCUGCCUCAACCCGCUCGCCAUUACGAAGAACCAACAGUGGCGAACAUUAGUGGAAGAUGCCCACCGGAGAAACGUAUACAGGGUACUUCCAAAUAAGAUAUGUCACAGCACUCCUGCGACACCAAUAUCUCACGAAGAAAUACUAAAACAUGUUGUACAUGUGAAGACUAAAAAGUGA